AUGGACGGUACCCUCAAGGACCCGGAGGUGAUCAAGCCUCCCCAGCUCGUGGCCGCCGAGUUCUCACGGGUAGCCGACAAGACCUACAAAAUCACAAAGGAAAGCAAGGAUCUACCGUACAUGAUCCAGUGCGAGGACGUGAACAUCCUCGAGAACGCCAACUGGAAGGCCUUGUUUCAAGCGUUCAACGUUCUGUCGGCCGAGAGAGUCUUCCUGCUCACCAUCACCGACGCUAUACUCGAUUGGCGACGUCAGGAGAAACAGACCAAGGACGACACCGACCUGGAGCAAGCGUUGGCGAGAGACUACAUCUUCUUUCAGUCGGUGAGCGAGCUGUGCUUGGAGAAGUUCAAUGCCGAGGACGUGCAAGUGGCGGCCCUGUUCGCUAUCUGCUGGGAGCACUAUGAGCUCAAGGUGCCUGACGCGAACGACGCCAAGCUCGCCACCUACGUCUUGGCCGAGAACAAGAAGCACGUCACUGAGUUGUGCAACAACGUGCUCGCUCGCAUCUACCCCUUCAGGUUCCUCGCCCGGCCUGACGAGCUGGACAAGCUGUUCCACCUGCAGAUAGUGAAGAACAAGAAGAAGCUCGACAAGAAGAAGGAGGAUGCGUUGAUGUACUUCCUCAUUCCACUGAUCCACAACGACAGCGGCCUCAGCGAUAAGAAGGGCUGGUCCGAGUUCCGUGAGAGCCUCGAGACUACCUUUGCACCUGUCGUUGGCUCCUGGAAGGACAAGAAGGGCGAGAAAAGGUAA